ACCAUUCACAAUCCAGUCGGCUUUAAGACCGUGCCGUGUAUGGAGGUUAGUACAGGAGUGACCAAAAAGAUCUGACGAGAGGUCAUACUAAUAUUUGGAUACAGAUAUCAAUCAUAACACUGGAUUUACGCGAGAUAUCGUGUCACAAUUUGAUGUGUUUGGUUCUUGUGUGAUCGCUGGGAUAUCUCUGGAAGAACAUGGCUCGCUUUUUUAGUUUUGUUGUGGUAUGUUUAGUAUAUGGAUUGCUUGUGUCAUGUAUUGCAGCUGAUGCGAGAGCAACUGAAAACACUCCUAGUGUUUCAGAUGAUUUGAGUGAGCAUAUAGGUAAUAAUUCAUGUGAAGAUGUUCGGAAAGUGUUUGUGGAAAAAAAUGUAGGCUCUGAAAAGGAUACGAGUGAUAUGACACAUGAAGAUGAAACGCCUCAAUGUUCUAAUUCAUGGAAUACUUCCUGUUGUACACCCACCAUGGAGAGGCGGUAUUUUGAAGCUAGCAAAAAGGAGUUUCAGAAUAUGCUACAGUCUUCCAAUCAAUUUUUGCAAAGUAUAUUGGCUUCCAGCGCAACCAAAUUUAAAGAAAACUUCCUUGAUAUGAUCCACGUCUCCCAAAACAACACAAAUGUCCUCUUCUCCGAAGUCUACAAGAAGAUGGACGGCGUGGCGCGCGAGCCUGUGUCCCAGCUGUACCAGGACCUCUCCUCUUACAUAGAAGGUCGGACUCAGGACCUCGAGACCCACAUCUCUACCUUCUUCGACGCUCUGUUUCCUUUGGUUUACCACCAUUCUAUCAACCCCAAGCUGAAGGACUUCAGUGAUGACUAUAAGGAAUGUCUGAGACAGACUAGGCGGGAGAUCCGGCCAUUUGGAGACAUUGCUGACCGGGCGACCCAGCAACUGACCCGAUCCUUCUCCGUGGCCAGGACACUGCUGGAUGCUUUCGAAAUAGGGGUGGAGGUGGUAUCGGCCACCAGUUCGAUGCGAUUUAGGCCGGACUGUGACGCCGGAUUAAUGAAGAUGGUGUACUGCUCGCAUUGUUCCGGAUUCGCUAGGACUAAGCCCUGCGGAGGAUACUGUCUCAAUGUUGUCAGGGGAUGUCUGGCCCACGUGGCUGAGCUGGACCAGCCCUGGAGUGAUUUUGUCAGUGGGUUGGAACGUCUGACAUCUGGUCUUGUGGCGUCCUAUAAUAUCGAAGAAGUUUUAAGUGUCCUAGAUACGAAGAUAUCGGAAGCAAUUAUGUACGCUAUGGAAAAUGGACCUGAACUGUCGAAGAAGGUUAAAACGGCGUGCGGCCACCCUAGACGUGCUGCCAGAGAUGUCUCUGAACCGGAACCUCUUCCGUCCGGUACCGCUCCCGGCCGGAUUGUGUCUGUCCGGUCGAGCGAGGACAGCCUGUACGUCCGUCUCCAACAGACUGUCCAGAGGCUGACCGAGACGAAGGGCCACUACGCCAAUCUAGCGGAUACUGUCUGCAGUGAUGAAACGUGGGCAGUUCGGGAAGAAGGACAGUGCUGGAACGGGAAAUCUUUGGGACAGUACACCCACACGAUUGCAGGUGUUGGCGUUGCUGCCCAGAAGUACAAUCCAGAAAUGAAAGCCCCAGACACGGACGAGGUGGUGGUGAUGGGCCUGGACGAAAAGCUUCAGAAAAUGAGCAGGUUGCUGAGGUUGAGUAUCUUGCCCGAACUGCCCCAGUCAGACUCGUACGUCGCCGAGGGAAGCGGCAGUGGUAUCUGGAGGAACCAGGUGGGAGACGAUGAAGAUUAUGACAAGGGAUCAGGAAGCGGAGACUGGGGAGGAUCAAAACCCAGCGAUUUCAACUUCGAUAGUGGCGACUCCAGCAAUGUCAACAUCAAGGUCAAGGAUAAUAGUGCCAUCAGCUUUACUAGCAACAGUGCCCUAAUACUUGUUGUACUGCUAGUCACACUUCUGCCUAGAAUCACAGUCCUACAACCAUUGUGACUGUACAUAUUGUGCACACAGAAAUCACAGUGCCAUUUAGAAAAUUAACCAAUAUAUAUAUGUAUAUCUUUGCUUCAGAAAAAAAAAAAGGAAAGGAUUAUUUGUGACAAAGAACCAGAAUGCUUCAAAUUAUUCCACUUUUUGAAGAUAAACUGACAUUGAAAGGGGAAAAAAACCUGAACAUUUUUUAUAAUAUUUGUGCAUACAUUGGGAGAUCUUCUGUUGCAGUAACUACAUGGCAUCUUAAACUUCAUACAACCAUUUACACCACUUUUAGUGUUCUGCGUUAUAACAAGUUAAUGAAAGAAUUCUUUUGAAAUGAUCUUCCAGCCAUUCUGUUUGUUGGAGGUCUAAGUUAUUAUUAUUAUUAUCAUUAUUCCUUAUUUUGUCUGUAAUAAACAGCCUUAAGUUAAACCCUGUUAGCGUUAUUUAAUUUUGUUUUGUGUAGCUCUUAACCUUUGUAUACGUAUUAAUUUGAUGCCCCCUCCUAUUUUUGUCUUUGAACUGAUAGUCGUCUAAUAUCCAUAUGCUUGACAAUGUCUUUGUCAUCAAAAAGUAGCAUAUUUGUAAUUUAAUGACAGUAUGUUAGUGCUCUAACAACAAUAAGUCUUCAAGCAACAUUAUGUUAUUCUCCUAAGAGAAUUCUUCAGAAGGAAAUAAAAACAUUCUGAAUACAUGAAUGAACGAAUAAUGCAACUGCACAGUAUUAAUUGAAAAGGAAAAGGAUUUAUAUAUAACAGCUGACAGAUACUUGUUAUAUGGACAUCAGUUAUUUCUGAAAGUGCAUUUUUUCGGAUGACAAAGUUACUUGUUAUGCCUUUUUGGAUACUGACAGGAACUUGUGUGUUAUUUAUAAUGCAGACAUUCUUUUUCUAUUUGUCAUUUGGAAGAUGCAAUUCCAAAAUGGAACAAUGCUUGUAAAAUGUUGUUGAAAGAAAAGAUUUUGCAAGGACAUGCACAUUUCUGGAAUCAAAUGUUAUAGCAUACUUGAAGAAAUAAAGAUGGAAUGAUAUAUAUAUUAAUUUUUAAUAUUUUAUCAAUAUUAAUGGUAUGAUAAUCUGUGUGCUGUUAGACUAUUGUUUUGAAUUUGUAUUGGCAGGGUCAUUACUCAGUGUGGGAUUAAAGCAAGAUUUCUGUGGUUAUUUAGAUGUAUUAGAAAUUCCAAAUUUGUUGCUGAAUAUUAAAUGUUAACUUGCAUUUGGAAGGGGCAUGGAAAACUAUAGCAUUAAUUGUAUAAGUUUAGAAUCAUAAUUUUUAAAAAGUUAUAAUAUUAUCAUGUAUGGAAAUAUUUAUAAAGAAAUGGUGUUACUUUUUUAAUUUUAAAUCAAAGGCUUAUUUUGAAAAUAAUACAGCUAGUGCAUUCUAUUAUAGCUAAUUUAUUAAGUUGGCAUUCUUUAUUCAUGCAUUAAAAAGGCAUUUUAAUAUUUUAUUAUUUAAUAAUAUAAUUUUUUUAGCAUGUGAAAUCAUUGUAUUAUUUAGUAUUUUAUUUUUAUUAAUUUUUCUUGCAUAUACAUUGCUGAAACAAAUUGUGAUAACGUUAGUUUGUAAUUCUUAUCAAUUCUUCAAUAUUCGAUUAAAUAUAAUCAAUUUUAUUUAAGGUAUUGGCAUCACUUGGGAAAAUAUCAUUUGAAUGAAUAUAAUUUUACAUGUCCUAUUAUUAAUCUGCUAGAAUUCUUAGCUAAUGCUUUUAAUUUAAGCUAAAAUCAUGCUUUUAAUGAAUUUCACACAAUUUGUUGCAAAUAUUGCAUCUGUAUUGCAUUAUAUGAAGAGUUCACAUUUAACAUUUGAUAAAUAUACGAAAUUAUAACAUACAAUAUAGCAAACUCGCUAUCUUGUGAUUUAUUAUGAACGAAUUUUCCUAUUGGUGCCACUACUAUUAAAUAGCAAUAAAGUGUGAAUGCAAGAAUUUAAGGGAUCAGCUUAAAUGAAUAUAUGAUAAAUAUACAGUUUAAAAAAAUUACUUUUAAUUAUUUGCAUGUUCACUUUUCAUUCCUACCUUGUUUUUAAAAUACUUUCAAUCCUAUGAUAGAAUUUUUUAAAAUGAAAUGAUCAAAGCAAUAAUUUUGAAUAAAGCAUUAUGAGCAACAAUCUUCUUCUACUUAAGUGGUUUUUAAUGAAAGAGUAAAAUCAUGAAAUGUUUUAUAUUUACGUGUAACUUGAUCACAGUAUGUUCUUGAAAUAAACAUGUUUCAGAAGCUAAUAUUCAUUUAUGAUCAUCAUAAGCCCAUUUUUUGUUUACAGUGUAAUCUCUAUUUCUAAUAUUUCCCAGAAUGAAACUAAUAAAAUUGUGAAUUAUUUUAAUUUCAAUGACAUGGUUCCUAUUAUUGAGGAUGUAAAAAGAAUCGUUUGCAAACAUUUUUUAUUUAUAAAUUAAUUUUGGUUUUUUUUCAGUUUGUGUGUCUAUUGCCAAAAUUUGUACAAGUGUAUUAUUACAUAUGUUACCGUUAAAGUAUAUAAUGCAGUUAUUUCAUAGAAUACCUAGUUAUUCCAUGAAAUAACUGAGCGUGUCCGUUAAAGUGUGUAAUAUGUUAUUCAUUUGACACUUUAACUAGUUAUUCUAUGAAAUAACUAGGUAUUCUAUAAAUUAAAUAAUGAGAGACAGUUAAAGUGUAAAAUAAACAAUUUAUCUAAAAUGAAAUUAAACUAAUGAUAGACAAUUAAAAUGAAAAAGAAGCCAUUUAUCUCAUUUAUGCAGCGUAUAAAUGGUAUUUAUGGAAACGUACCAUAAAAUCAUUUGUUACAACAAGGAUUACUAAAAUGACACUUGGAAUUACAAAGAACAUUAUUUCUAAAACAAAAACAUUUUUUAUUUCUAAAACAAGCAAACAAAAACAUAAAUGCUGUAGGGGUGGAAGGUAAAUGUAUUUGUCGUGCGAGAUAUAUGAUAUAGAUUGUUUUACACUUUAACGGGCUGCAGAUCGUUAUUCUAUGAAAUAACUAGUUAAACCCUGAAAUACAAGAGAGUUUUACACUUUAACGGACACGAUCAGUUAUUUCAUGGAAUAACUAGGUAUUCUAUAAAAUAACGGAUUUCAUACUUUAACGGUAACACAUACACACUAUAGUGGACUAGAAAAAAAGCAUGUUUUGAUGGAAGAUGCUAUUCUGUUUGAUGAAUUUGAUAAGCAUUUUAGUUGCUUUUGAGCUAAGUGAAAAGUGACAAAAUUUAAAAUGUUUUAUUUUUUAGCUGAUUUUUAGAAUCUUAAUAAUUAAUGAGACACUAACAUAUAGUAACUUGUCAUAAAUUUUAAGGAAAUACAAUAAAUUUUUAGUUUUAUUGGUAUAAUUUAUGAACUAGAAAGUUGAUUAAAAAAUUUUUUUUAAUGCUUGAAAUUUUGAAUGAUGAACUGAUCAAGUAGAAUUAAUUUUUUAUGUUCACCUUGUUUAAAUGAACUCAAUCCAGUUGUAUAAUGCAUAGAUAAUCAUGUGUUCGAUUAAAUUAGUGAUGGUGAAUUUUUAAAAUUCAAUUUAAUCUUGAUGUUUAUAAUAAUUUUGAUUUAAAAUUAAUUUUAGAAAAGCAUUGGAAUGGAAAACUAAGGAACCAUGUAAUCUUAAUAGACCUUUUAAGAAAAAUAUAUUAUCAAAAUUUUCAAUUUUUCAGCAUAAAAACAAAAUUAUAACUAUUAGUAACUAUUGAUACGAAUUACACUUGCAUAACAGCUGUGAUUAACAGUCUCCUUUUUAACUGUGUUAUGUACAUACUUGCAGAUGUACAUGUCUUAAAAGUGUGAAGUUUCAUUGUUUUGUAUGUGUGUAAAAACUAGUUAUUAUAUAUUCAGUGUAUCUUAAUUUACUAUUUUUGACUUAAUAUGCACUUUAUAAAUUAGUUUUCCUUUUUGUUUUUAACCAAGAGCAGAAAAAAUUGGACAUUUUAAGCAAUGACAUAUUAUUGAUGAGUUGAAAAGUUGAUUUUUAUGUUUUUUUUAUAAUGAUACAUGCAAAAUUUACUUUAAAUUUAUUUAAUUACAUCCCAUUAUAAUAAAGAAAUUCAACUUUUAGAUUUUUUUAAAAAUAUUAAUUAGAAAUUCUUUUAUGGAAAAGGUUUCCAGUUUUUACUUGAAAGAUUUUAAAGGCUUUAAAUAUGUCCUUUUUCAACAUUUAUUAAAAUAAUAUCUUUUUAAGAUAAUUUUUUUAUAUAUCUUGAAACUUUUGAAGCUUUUUUACCCCAAUGAAAAUUAUAUCACCUUUUAAUUGAUUUAAUUUUAGCUAAAAUUAUUAAAAAUUUGAUUUUCUCAGUUUAAUUUGACUUAUAUUCUGUAUCCUUAAUUUUUAAUAGUAAUUAUCUGAUAUUCGCUGUUUUGGAUAAUAAAUCAAGAAAGUAUGAUUUUAUUUAUAUUUUUUAUACUGAUUAAAAAAGAUUUCAAAAAGUUCUUCCCAAUCUUUACUUAAAUUUAUUGAUCCAAUUAAUCAUUUUGAUUUUUUUUAAACAUUUUUCAUAAAAUAGAAUUUUUAUUUUUAAAAACAUUUUUAUAAAAAAAAAAGUUUGAAUAAAGCUAUUAAAUAAUUUCAUUCAGUUCCGAAGCUUUCACAAGUCCUGUGAUAUUGUAUGAAACUGUAUAUAUGUGAAUUAAGGAGCUAUCAGUACUACAUGAUGUGAUUUGUUGAAUGGUAAUCUAAACUGUAAAGAAGCUAUGCAUGAUUUAGGCCUAAAAAUGUCUAUAUAAUGCUAAAAUGUCCACUUUUUUCUUCGGUACUAAUUAUUUAAUUUUUGUUAAUUAUUUGAUUUCAUACAAAGCGAUGUUCCAAGUCAAAUUCGGCUUAAAUUUUUUUUUCUAAUAUUUUAUUUCACUUAUUGUUAUUGUAUUUAGUGUAAACAAUAAAGAUUCAUUCAGUUUAAA